GCCGCCUCCAGAACUGCCUGUACAACGUGCUGGAACGGCCCCGGGGCUGGGCUUUCAUCUACCACGUCUUCAUAUUCCUCCUCGUCUUCAGCUGCCUGGUGCUGUCGGUCUUCUCCACCAUCCAGGAGCACCAGAAAUUGGCGAACGAGUGCCUCUUCAUCCUGGAAUUCGUGAUGAUCGUGGUGUUCGGUAUGGAGUACAUCAUCCGCGUGUGGGCCGCCGGCUGCUGCUGCCGCUACCGCGGCUGGCGCGGCCGAUUCCGCUUCGCCAGAAAACCUUUCUGCGUGAUAGAUUUCAUCGUUUUCAUCGCCUCGGUGGCCGUCAUCGCCGCGGGCACGCAGGGCAAUAUUUUCGCCACGUCGGCGCUGCGCAGCAUGCGCUUCCUGCAGAUCCUGCGCAUGGUGCGCAUGGACCGCCGCGGAGGCACCUGGAAACUGCUGGGCUCCGUGGUCUACGCACACAGCAAGGAGCUCAUCACCGCCUGGUACAUCGGCUUCUUGGUGCUCAUCUUCGCCUCGUUCCUCGUGUACCUGGCCGAGAAGGACGCCAAUGUGCAGUUCGCCACCUACGCCGAUUCUCUCUGGUGGGGCACGGUGACCCUGACCACCAUCGGUUACGGGGACAAGGCACCGCAGACGUGGCUGGGCCGGAUGCUGGCGGCCGGGUUCGCCCUGCUCGGCAUCUCCUUCUUCGCCCUGCCCGCCGGGAUCCUGGGCUCCGGCUUCGCUCUCAAAGUGCAGGAGCAGCAUCGGCAGAAGCACUUCGAGAAGAGGCGGACUCCGGCGGCCAACCUGAUCCAGGCUGCCUGGCGCCUGUACUCCACGGAUGCCAGCAGGGCGUACCUGACGGCCACGUGGUGUUACUACGACAGCCUCCUGCCAGCCUUCAGAGAGCUGGUCCUUAUAUUUGAGCAUUUGCACCGGGUUCGCAACGGAGGAUUUAGGAAUUCAGAGGUGAAAAAAUGGCCCGACAGAGCCCCACCGCCCUAUCACUCCUUCACCCCUGCCCAGAAAAGCUUCAGCCUGGCCGUGUGCUCAGGGGAAAGUAACAAGAUGGGCAUCAAGGAGCGGAUCCGGCUGAGCAGCUCCCAGCGCCAGGGCAGCCGCGGGCGGCAGCAGCAGCACCUGGGCCCGCCCCUGCACCGCUCCCCCAGCACCGAGGACGUGGCCGAGGCCUCCAGCCCCACCAAGGUGCAGAAAAGCUGGAGCUUCAACGACCGCACCCGCUUGCGAGCAUCCCUGAGGCUCAAACCGCGGACCCCGGCUGAGGCAGACUGCCCGCCGGAAGACAGCGGCGAGGAGAGGAGCUCCCCCUGCGACCUGACCUUCGAGGACAUCAUGCCGGCCGUGAAGACCCUGAUCCGGGCUGUCAGGAUCCUGAAAUUCCUGGUGGCCAAGAGGAAGUUUAAGGAGACCUUGCGUCCCUACGACGUCAAGGAUGUCAUCGAGCAGUACUCGGCCGGACACCUGGACAUGCUGGGCAGGAUCAAGAGCCUGCAGACUCGCGUGGACCAGAUCGUGGGCAGGGAUCGGGCUCUCCCUGCGGACAAGAAGGUUCGGGAGAAAGGGGAGAAGCCGGCGCUGGAGGGGGAGCUGGUGGACGAGCUCAGCAUGAUGGGGCGAGUGGUCAAAGUGGAGCGGCAGGUUCAAUCCAUCGAGCACAAGCUGGACCUGCUGCUCGGCCUCUACUCGCAGUGCCUCCGCAAGGGCUCCACGAACUCCUUCAGCCUGGCCGCCGUGCGGGUGCCCCUCGGCGAGCCCGACAUCACCUCGGACUACCACAGCCCCGUGGACCACGAGGACAUCUCCGUGUCCGCCCAGACCCUCAACAUCUCCAGGUCGGCCAGCGCCAACAUGGACUGAGCAGAAGGAGCAGAAGGCAGCGGGAUGGACCCUGCCCGCCUGGACGGGGGGCUGGGAGUGGCGUGGCGUUGUCCCCUCGCUGUCCCUCGCUGUCCCUCGCCGUGUUACUUGAACCGAGUCUUCCUUUGCGGGGACACGGCUGCAGUGGGGUGGCACUGUGACACUGCGGCAUGGCCAGCCCACGCUGCUGGGAUGUUCCUGGGGGGUUCCUGGGAUGCUCUUGGGAUGUUUCUGGGAUGCCCCUGGGAUCU